GACUGUCUCAGAUUCAGUAGUCUCUUGGCAAGUGAGGGAACAGGAGGAAGGGCGAACGAGAAUUAUAGGUACUUCUCACUGAGAGAAUAAGAGAGAAGAAGGAGAAAGAGAGAGUGAGACAGACAGAAACGUUGCAAGCACAGGCAGGAAGUAUUAUGAUAUAGGAAGCCGUCGUCGAGUCUACUGCGCCAAGUGAGAAUGUGGUCCUCCUUUUUUACGCAAUUGUUAGCGCUGCUAUUCAUAGCAGGAUGUGCGACGGGAAUCACCCAGCAACGGAAAGUACUAGAACAACUACUAAAAUCUUACGACGUCAACGAGUGGCCUGACGCAGACUAUGACAGACCGACGAACAUUUCCAUACAGAUGUUCAUCAACUCUUUCGGCUCGCUCAAUGCAGCUAACAUGGACUACAGCAUCGACGUGUUUCUUAGACAACACUGGGUAGACGAACGUCUGAAGAACUCCUUGAACAGGAGCAUGACCAUAAGGGACCCAGAGAUGCAGAAGAAAAUCUGGCGCCCUGACACUUACUUCCACAACGUGAAAGAUGCCGAGAUCCACACUGUCACCAUGCCCAAUAUCCAGUUCAGAGUCACCAACACGGGCCAAAUUCUCUACAGCGUAAGGGUCAACGCCAAGCUAUCUUGCCACUUGAUGCUCGAGCACUAUCCGUUCGAUGAACAGACUUGCCAUGCUCAUCUCUCUUCUUAUGCCAAUACAGAUGAAAUCAUCCACUUCCACUGGGUCGAAAGGAUCCCAAUUGACCUCCCGGACGAGCUUGAAAUUGCUCAGUUUGACUUGUUAGGCUACUCUGCUUCUGAGGAACUCAUGCCAUUGCAAACAGGGAACUUCAGUUCCCUUAAGGUGGACUUCCAACUUCGUCGUCAGAAUGGGUACCACAUCCUGCAGACUUAUGUGCCAACAGUUUUAAUUGUAUCCAUCUCUUGGGUCUCAUUCUGGUUGGAUCCUAAUUCUGUUCCUGGACGUGUUUCCAUUGGCGUCACUACACUGCUGACACUUACCACCUUGGCUGGUGGCAUUCGCCAGCAGCUUCCUCCAGUCUCAUACAUCAAAGCCAUCGAUGUAUGGGUUGGAAUGUGUAUGAUAAUGGUAUUUGGAGCCCUACUUGAAUUUACUCUCGUCAACUGGCUGGCCAAUAAGAAGAUAUUGGAUACCCAAACUUGUCAACUGAUGCCAAUGUGUAAAACAGGUGAGGACGACGAGAGUCCCAAGACAUACGUAAAUCAAGCCCGUUUCCUUGAUCGAAUCAGCCGAGCUCUAUUUCCUGGAUCGUUCCUUCUCUUCAAUUUCAUCUACUGGCCUUAUUACCUUUCCGAUUACAACCUUGAGUGAUACCUUACCAACAAAAAAUGCUUAUCUUUUGUAACAGAGGUCUGUCAAUAAACAGUUUUGUUACCGGUGAAUAAAGUCUAUUCCUUUUUAAA